AUGCAAACAAGAGAGUUCUUCGUUUCAGCACCAGGGAAAGUAAUUCUUCACGGUGAGCAUUCAGUCGUGCGUGGAAAGGUUGCUUUGGCUGUGAGUUUGAACCUGCGCACACACCUGCGGCUGCAGUCCACAUCAUCCGGUGACGUGCGCAUCAACCUCCCCAAUAUUGACACUUUUCUGUCCUGGGAAAUAACUGCACUGCAGUCUCUUCUGGCUGGGUGUGGAGCAGAGCAGGAUGGCCUGAAGGAACUUGAUGGAGAUCUUUUAAAGAGGCUACGUGAAUUCACGGGCAUUUCAGAUGAUUCCACAGACACAAGAAGCAUGGCAGUGUUGGCCUUCCUCUAUAUGUACCUGACUGUAUUUGCAAAGUCUCUGGCCAGUAUAACAGUGUCUGUGUGGUCAGAGUUGCCCACAGGAGCUGGUUUAGGCUCCAGUGCCGCCUAUAAUGUUUGUCUGUCUGCUGCUCUGCUGUCUGCCAGGGGAGCCAUAUCGUCUCCUCUUACACCACAAAAGGAGUCAGCCAGGUGGAGUAAAGGGGAGAUGGAGCUGAUUAACAGGUGGGCGUUCAUGGGCGAGAAGAUCAUCCACGGUAACCCUUCUGGGGUGGAUAACGCUGUGGGCACAUGGGGUGGCUUUUUAAGAUACCAUGCUGGGAAUAUAACUCCACUAAGCUGGGUCCCGAUUCUGAGAAUCCUCGUCACUAACACCAAAGUACCACGUAGCACCAAAGUGCUUGUUUCUGGAGUGAAGGACAAAAUUAACAAGUUUCCCUAAAUGAAUCCAAUUCUGGAGUCUGUCAGUGCUGUGUCCUGCACCUGUGAACAGACUCUCACAGAGAUGGCCGUGCAUGGACCAUCGGCGGAGCACUACAACAUACUGGAGGAGCUGAUUGAUAUAAACCAGCACCAUCUGAACGUGAUGGGUGUGGGUCACUCAUCUCUGGACACACUGUGUAGGGUCACUCUGGCCAGAGGGCUGCAUAGCAAACUGACAGGGGCAGGAGGAGGAGGCUGUGGAAUCACUCUCCUACGACCAGUAGGUACCAAUACUUCGGUGAUUCAGAGCACCAUUGAUGAACUGAAGGCCUGUGGCUUUGACUGCUGGGAGACCAGUAUCGGCGCUCCUGGCGUCCAGCAGCAUUCUUCAGCUGCACUUAGUCAGGACAUACUGAAGAUCCUCAACAGCUAUUGAGACACAAUGAAAACACUGUACUGUAUGCACCAUUGUUACCGUUAGCAAGAAUGCUCAUUGCUGUCAUUAGUCUAGGAUCCUGGUUCAACAAACAUUCCAGUAAUCAUACUGUAAUUUUUUGGGGAAAAUUAUAUAAAACAUAACCUUAUCAUUUGCCUAAUUAAGAUUUUUUUUUAAAAUAUCUUUGUGUUAUUACAUUCAGAGUGCUUAUGCAUUAUAAAGUUUUAUGUGCCACUAGAUGGCAGCAAAGUGUA